GGGAAAUGUCCGAUGCAUCACAGCAAUGGGGAAGACUCGCAAGAGUAUCACUACGAGAUCCGUAUUGUUCUACCAUCUACUUCACCAGCGCAGGAAGCCAUCGACCUGUUGAGAACUGCGGGAAACGAGCUGCUGCCCCGUGGGCCGGCGCAUGUGACACUGGGAGAGUUCAGCUGUACAUCGAGAGAUGAGACGCAGAGGUUGACGCAACUGGCUGAUUUCUGCAGUGGGCUCCAUCCGGCCACCUUCUACGUUCAUGGACGUGCGAGAUGUCGUCGUGGACGGAAGCCUGCUUACUUUCUCCCAGUAGAUCUUUCAACUGCCGCGGAAGAAGUCGUUGAAGAACUUCAGAAACUGAGCUUUCUGGACCGGACCAAGGUGAAGUUCCAUGUGUCAGUUGGUCGCCAAGAAGUACCUGAAAUCCAAGCCUGGGAUGGCACCAUGGAUCAACUGACUGUUUUGAAGCUAGAUGGGAAGAAGACCAGGAACUUUGUGGAGUCCUGGGAUUUUCGCUUCGGCGUAGAUGCAGAUCCCUUGGAGAAAAAGUUACGGCAUGUAGCCCCACCGCGCGGAGCACCGCACCUCAUGGUUGCUGAAGAUCCAGAUGUCGAAUCAGUUCCAGCUGCUGAAACGGCUGCAGUUGAAAGCGAUGAGGCCGAGGCCAGUCCACUGCUGCUGCCACAGCGUGGUCGAAUUCGGCCACGGCGCACCGUCUUUCAACGACUCUCACAGGUGAAUCGAUGCCACUGGAAAGUGGGUGAUCGUGUGCUAGUUCGAGACCGAGACGAGAAGGACCGCGGGGACGUCAGCAGGCCCAGUGAAGAUGACUGGAACCCUGGCAUUGUGACAUCACUUCAUCCUGUGAAGGUCCGCCUGAAAGGAGGGCAAGAGUCUUUCACAUGGAAGGAGAUCAAGGAGCUGCCAAAGAGCAGAUCCGCUUCAGCAAGUCCCUCCUCCACGUGGUCCACCAAGUUUCUCCCUGCGAGUGCUGAGGUGCUGAGACGUGCCCGCAAGCUCUCCAGACGGCGACGCAAGCGAGAAAAGGAGGCUGAGCGGAAGGAAAUGGAACUGUGGGCCAGGGCACAGAGAAUCCAAUGCGCAAAACUCAGGAACGCUGGUAGCCUGCCAAAUGCAGCAAAGCACCAAGAAGAGAAACAGGCGAAGGUGCGGAACCUUCGCCUGGCUUUGGAACAGCUGCUGCCAGGGCUGGAUGAAGUGGAGGCGAAGGAGACGAGUCGACCGGCGCGGAGAGCGACCAGCCCGGGGCGCGCAAGAGCGGCCCGGCCCUUUGGCCCGAGCAUUUCAGCUUUGAAGGUGCUGAAGUUGAGCAAAGACUUGAAAGAAUGGGGCAAGACCAACACCUCAAGAGACAGCUUCCACCUCAAACAUUUGCAGCUGCUGACUGUCCAGGACAAAAAAGAUGUUCUGAAGAAGCUUUCGCAUCCACGUCCAGAACAGGCUGUCCAAGAAGAUGCAUUUUUUGCGUGGAUCAACCAACAGCUUCAGCACAUUCGAAUGUAUUGUUCCUCUGGCGAGCUGCCUCAGGUGGCAACAGCAAGCACAAGCGCCAUGUCGAUCUUGAAUGCUCUCAGGGUCUGCAUUGACAAAUCUGCUCCCAAUGAAGAUGACAGUCAGAGCCUGGAGAGGUUUGUUGAAGAACUGCAGCAGAAGAAUCUCAGACUCGAGCACUUGGAGCGACUCCCACAAGGGGAACUCAAGCGCUUGGUGGAAAAACUUGGCACUAAGAUGACUGGCAUGACGAAGGAGGAAACCAUUCAGAAGCUGAAAACGGAGCUCUGGUCCUCUCGAACAAAAUCCUCCGCAGUUCGAUCCAGCCAUGCUGGGCUUUUUCGCUAUGAGCCAGCAGAGGCGAUUGCGUCGGUGCGCCGUUUGUUGAAGAAAGCAGAGGAGGAAAGAGAUACCAGGUCCAUGACAGUUUGGGAGUUGCACCAAUGGCUUGGUCAAUACAAUGCACGCGUGAAAGACCUGAGUUGCCUCCUUCCAGCGGAGCUCCGGCAACUCACGUCGUGGUUGAAGAUGCCGCCACUCAGGUCCAAAGAAGACAUCUUGGAGUGGCUUCAACGAGAGGUUUGGAGGGAGCAGACGCUACGGCGAGUGAGGUCGGAGGAGGAGUACGAAGACGAUGAAGAUGGAAUGCUGCUGGUGGACUUAAAUAGUCCACUGACCAUGGAGUACGACAUGUUCGUGCCAGCAUAGAAAGUUCAUGAAAGCUCAUAGUCCCUUCAAGAGGAAGGAUGCAAUUUCGUAAGCUCACCUUGCAUGAGUUACUCGAGUUACUUGCGCUGAAAUCAGUGCAGAAAAAGAUCGCAUCAACUCCACCAAGCAUCAUAGCACUCUGGGCAAAGUAUAAGGAGCUCACAGCGACCUCGCAAG